AUGGCGGUGCGAUUGGCUGUUCUGGCCAUUGGGCUGUUGCUGGGGUCUGCUCAAGCUAUUACCACUGAGGGAAUGCUGGCUGCUCCAAGAAGAAGUACCGGUCAACUCAAUGCCAAAGGAGAUCAAGCCUUGUAUAGCGAAACCAAGUUCAACUGGACAUCAGGAAAGGCCUCUACUAGCUGGUACUUCCUGGACAUCUCGUCUGGGAACAUCACCAAGGCGCCAUUCAGUUCAGAGGUUUCUGAAGUUGUGUGGGUUGGCGAUACGGAGGAUAGCAUCCUCUACAUCAACGGCACCAACGAUGAGAUCCCUGGAGGUGUCACGCUAUAUACAGCUGAUCUUUCGGGAGACUUCGAACCAAAGCUGGUUGCGUCCCUUGCUGCCCCGUUCUCAGGUCUGAAAGCGGCCAAGACUGAAAAUGGAAUCAAUUUUGUUGCCAAUUGUCUUGCUUAUGAAUUUAAUGGGACGGCCUACAACCCAGACCUAAUCCCAGCCGCAACCUCAUUGGACUCUGCUGGUCGAUUGUAUGACGCAAACUUCAUCCGUCAUUGGAAUUACUACAUCACUGCUGAACGAUACGCCGUUUUCGGUGGCAGUCUGAGUGCUGGUAAUGGCAGCUAUUCUUUCAAUGGAGAAAUGAAGAACUUGCUUUGGGGCAUGAACGCUACAAUCACACGCCCGGAAAGUCCUGUCCAAGGUUCAUCCAGCGAUACAAAUGACUACGAAAUUUCUCCAGAUGGUAGUACCGUGGCCUUCCGCUCUAAGGCUCCCGAGCUCCCCAAGGCGAACUACACGGCCAGUUAUAUCUACGUUGUUCCGCACGAUGGGUCUGAGGUGGCUGCACCAAUCAAUGGUCCUGGUACAACGGCGCCUGAGACUGCGCAAGGAGCUUCUACCUUCCCCACAUGGUCACACGAUAGCAAGAAGAUAGCAUACGGUCAGCAAGAUGGUAUUAACUACGAAUCCGACCGCGUGAAGCUUUACGUUGCAGAGAUCAAUGGCCCCAACUCUAAAGUCAAAGCCGUUGCCGAAGACUGGGACUCUAGCCCUUCAGGCCUCAAGUGGAGCCCUGACGACGCAGAUCUUUGGGUUGUAUCUGAGCUGCACGCUUCGAGCCGCCUCUGGCUUGUUCCCCACGACGCAGCGGCUGAUUUCAAGCCCAGCAACUUCACCGGGCCUGAGACUACUCUGUCCGAUUUCGAUGUCCUUCCCGACGGCUCCGCGUUUGUCUCGGCAGCAGCGAGCUGGAGCAGUCGUAUCUUCUACAACCAGUUCCCUGGUCAAGACAAGAAGAUUAUAUUUACGGCAAACGAAGUUGACCCGGAGCUCGAGGGCCUGAAGCCUGAAGAUGUUUCUAGCUUCUGGGUUGAGAACGACGAUGGUGAUCCAAUCCAGACAUUCGUCUUCUACCCGACGGACUUUGACCUGAGCAAGAAAUAUCCUUUGGCCUUCAUCAUCCACGGCGGACCACAAAGUACUCAGGGAGACAAUUGGAGCACGCGUUGGAACCUCCGUCUCUGGGCAGAACAGGGUUUUGUUGUUACAUCCCUUCAAUUUACCGGAUCUCCGAGCUACGGACAAGCCUUUACUGAUAAAAUCCAAAACAAUUGGGGCGGAACCCCAUACACCGACGUUGUAAAAGUUUUCGAACACAUCAAAGAGAACAUAGAUUACAUCGACACCGACCGCGCCAUCGCAGCAGGCGCCAGUUUCGGCUGUUUCAUGAUCAACUGGAUUCAAGGGCACGCUCUCGGCCGCGAAUUCAAAGGCCUAGUCUGCCACGAUGGCAAAGUCAACCAAUUGGGCUCGUACGCCACAGACGAACUCUGGUUUAUCCAGCAUGACAUGAACGGCACCAUCUGGAACGACCGCGCCAACUACGCGAGAUGGGACCCCCUGUCCCACUCUGCAAACUUCAGCACCCCCGAGCUCAUUAUCCACAGCGAUUUGGACUACCGGGUUGUUAUCGCCGAGGGCUUGCAGACGUUCAAUGUCCUGCAGAGUUUGGGUGUGCCCAGCCGCUUCCUCAACUUUAAAGAAGAAGGACAUUGGAUCGUCUCUAGGGCCAAUAGCUUGUUGUGGCACCGAGUUAUCUUUAAUUGGAUUAGGUUCUGGACUGGGCUGGAUGAGGAGUUGAUUACUGAAGGGGUCAUCAGGCAGUAG